AUGGCGUAUGCACCAAUGACAGUAAUUGGUGCCCCUUUUUCAUUCACUGGUGAGAAAAAUGGAGCGACCUUGCAGAAGCUGCGAGUGUGGGUCGAAGGCUGGCAGGUGAAGAGUGUGAAGGCCUGGCUUACAGAUGGGACCAACAACGUUUUUGGUAAUCCAGGUGGAAACUAUCAAGAGUAUGCAUUCAACCCUGGUGAGUGUUUCACCUCUCUGUCGCUAUGGGGGAAUGGAGCAGGUACUCGUCUAGGGGCCAUACAAUUCAAGAAAAAUCGCCCAGGAGAGUUCUUUGCCAAAAUGUCCGACUGGGGAUUGAAAACCAAAUACCCCAUGGAUGUUGGCUCUGGAUUCUGCCUCGGGGUUGUUGGAAAAUGUGGCUCUGAUAUCGAUAAAAUGGGAUUCGUGUUCCUCAAUGCUGUCAAGUCCACCGUUUUGAUGGACGUCAAAUACCCAACAAUGCACCAAGUUGUACCCCAGGUGACUGUAGAGGAAAUCAAAUCCAUAACUUACUCAAACGACACCUCAGUCCCUCAAGAACACACGAUUGAAUCCUCCAAGAAGAUUACAAAGAAGUCCUCAUGGACUGUGACCAACAGUAUGGAGGCAACCUUAAGUAUGGAAGUGAGUGCAGGGAUUCCAGAGGUAAUGGAGGUUUCAACUGGAUUCAGCUUUACCGUGGGAACAGAGAGCUCAUACAGUCUGGAAAACACUGAAGAGAGAAUGGAGACCAUGAUCUUUCCCAUCCAUGUUCCUGCAGGAAAGAAGGUGGAAGCUGAGUUUACCAUUGGUCGAGCUACUACUGACCUGCCUUACACUGGCACAGUGAAAAUAACCUGCCAGAAUGAUAGUGUGCUUCAGUAUGAAACCAGUGGCGUUUACAAAGGGCUUACCUACACCUCAAUAAAAGCAAAUGUUAAAGAAAUAUAG